GCGAGCGCGCGUGCGACUCCGCAGCAUCAAGGCAGCAGCAGCUUCAAGUGAUCACUAAGCAUGGGACACAUCAGCCAUCGCCUUUAGUUUAACUGGUAGCAUGUACUCAAAAAUAUACGAAUCCUAAAGACCACUCGCCUUACCUCGUUUCACGAGAAUUGGUCUUGCAUGGUUUUUAUUUUUGCUCUUUGGCUUUUUAAUGGAAAAUGGCGAUAUGUUCACAGCCGUGCAGCAUCGCCUGCCUAAUAUCCGUCCAGAUAAUCCUAAUUUUUUGCGUACCAUGGCUUGGAGUGGAUAGUCACAGGUUUCCCCAGCAGUACACGAUCAUGCACUGGGCCCGGCGUAUCGAGCAGGAGAUUGACAGAGUACUGCAGCACAUCAGUGGAGCGCAGCAACUUAAGGGGAUCUACAGUGAGAAAAGGAGACAGUACAGUCUGAUGAAGAACAACCCACAAGAUAUGGUGGAGAGGGUGGCAUCAGACAUUGAGAAACUUUUGGCAAAGAAACGCAAGGCCCUCAGUAGGCUGGCCAGCGAGGCAGAGCGUCUGCAGAAGGAGCACCUCUGGCAGGACAGCAUCAAGGAGCUGGAUAUGAAGUACUAUGAUUCCAAAGCAGACCUGGACUAUUACUCCAUGGAGGGUGAAAGCGAGCCAUCAAACUCGUUGGAGUUAGAGUUUGUUUAUGAUCCAAACUUCAAGAACCAUGUCAAUUAUUCAUUCACAGCAGUACAGAUCCCCACAGACAUCUACAAGGGUGCGCCGGUGAUUCUGAACGAGCUGAACUGGACGCAGGCUCUGGAGAAGGUGUUCAUGGAGAACAGUCGGGAGGACCCUGCCCUCCUCUGGCAGGCCUUUGGGAGCGCCACAGGGGUCACCCGCUACUAUCCAGCUACCCCGUGGAGAGUACCUGACAAGAUUGACCUUUAUGAUGUCAGACGGAGACCCUGGUACAUUCAGGGAGCCUCAUCUCCAAAGGACAUGGUUAUCCUGGUCGAUGUGAGUGGCAGUGUGAGUGGCCUGACCUUAAAGCUGAUCAAGGCAUCGGUGACAGAAAUGCUGGACACACUUUCAGAUGAUGACUACGUCAAUGUGGCUAGAUUCAAUGAGAAGGCAGAGCCGGUUGUCCCUUGCUUUGAGCACCUGGUGCAGGCUAAUGUACGCAACAAGAAGAUCUUCAAGGACGCUGUCAACCAGAUGCAGGCCAAGGGUACCACAGAGUACAAGUCCGGCUUCCACUUUGCCUUCGACCAGCUUCUGAACAAGACAAAUGUGCCACGAGCACACUGCAACAAGAUCAUCAUGUUGUUUACGGAUGGUGGAGAGGAUCGGGCGCAGGACAUUUUUGAGCAGUACAAUUGGCCUAACAAGACAGUGCGAGUAUUCACAUUCUCUGUGGGGCAGCACAAUUACGACGUCACACCUUUACAGUGGAUUGCAUGUGCAAAUAAAGGAUACUAUUUUGAGAUCCGGUCCAUCUGUGCCAUAAGGAUUAACACACAGGAGUAUUUGGAUGUUCUUGGGCGUCCCAUGGUCUUGGCUGGGGAUGACGCCAAGCAAGUCCAGUGGACCAAUGUCUACCAGGAUGCACUGGGCUUGGGUCUGGUGGUGACAGGGACCAUGCCUGUAUUUAACCUGACGGUGGAAGGUAACUCACAGAACCAGCUUAUACUGGGAGUGAUGGGCAUAGAUGUGCAUCUGGAUGAACUCAAGAAGCUUACUCCUCGCUACAAUCUUGGAGCUAAUGGAUAUGUUUUUGCCAUCGAUCAGAAUGGCUACCUCCUCCUCCAUCCCAACCUGCAGCCUAAGGCCAUGGACCUCCCUGAGCCAGUGACACUGGACUUCUUGGAUGCCGAAGUAGAAGAUGCCAAAAAGCAGGAGAUUCGGAGGCAGAUGAUCGAUGGGAAACUGGGGCAAAUGACAAUUAGAACACUGAUCAAAUCGGUUGAUGAGAAAUACGUUGAUGAAGCUGAACGGACGUAUACCUGGACACAUAUCAAAGACACAGAUUACAGUUUGGGCCUGGUACUGCCACCCUACAGUGAAUACUACCUUCAGGCAGACUUGAGCGAUGUGAUUUUACAACUGCAGUAUUUGCAGUCUUUGCUGCCAAACUCAUUUGAGGCAGGCGGACAUGUUUUCCUGGCACCAAGGGAGUACUGUCAGCGUCUUCCCAUUGCAGAGAACAACACACAGUUCCUGGCAGACUUUAUCUCCUUUGUCGUGAAUCUGAGACCAGACUCAGAAGACUGUAAUCAAGACCUCAUUCACAACCUACUUUUGGACUCAGAAAUCAUGUAUCAGCUGGCUACAAGAGUGUGGAAGAGCAAAGACCUCAACACGUAUGGCUUCCUGGCAUUGUUUGCAGCUACAGACAGUGGAAUCACACGUGUCUACCCCAAAAUGGCCGCUGAUUCAUGGGAGGAAGACGCAGAGCCCUUUAACACCAACUUCUACCGACGUAGCCUCGACAACAAAGGCUACAUGUUCAAGGCUCCGUCGCGUGUCUCCAUGGAUGAUCCCCUGACCUCUGAAAAUGGCACUGUGGGCAUUCUGGUCAGCACUGCAGUAGAGGUGACCGUCGGGGCUCGGACUCUGAAGCCUGCAGUGGUGGGAGUGAAACUGGACCUUGAAGCUUGGGUGGAUAAGUUCAAGAUUUUGGCCAGCAAUGUGUCAGACAAUCGUCAGGGCUCUCAUAAGUGUGGGCCUUCCAGAAGCUGUGAAAUGGACUGUGAAGUGAACAGUGACGAUCUACUAUGUUACCUGAUUGAUGAUGGUGGUUUCCUUGUUAUGUCCAAUCAGAGAGAUCACUGGAAAAAGGUGGGGCUGUUUUUUGGCGAUGUGGAUCCCUACCUGAUGCAUGCUCUGUAUGAAAGCUCCAUCUUCACCCGUCGCCAGACCUUCCAGUACCAGUCUGCGUGUGAGCCCAUCAUCAGCGGCCACACGGGGGCAGCACCGAGGGGCAUCUUCGUGCCCUCCAUAGCAGACUUUCUUCGGCUUGCUUGGUGGUCCUCGGCAGCUGCAUGGACUCUACUUCAGCAGCUGCUCCAUGGACUUGCCUUUACCAGCUGGUUCAGUGCGGAUGAUGCCAUGGCUGACGGCUUCGACCCAAGAGGAAGCACCAGCUGUGUGACCAUCCAGAGCCAGUUCUACUUCACCAACACAACCAACACCUAUGACAUGCUGCAGGACUGUGGGAACUGCUCAAGAUUGUUCCACUCCAAACGGAUCGAGAACACCAACUUGCUUUUUGUGGUGGCUGAGACUCUGCCCUGCGGCACCUGCGAAGUGGAGCGACUGACCCUGCUAAAAACUGAGUUUCAGGAAGAGAACCCAUGUGAAGUCCUCAACUCAUCUCGUUAUCGCAAAGGUCCUACAAAGUGCUUUGACUACCACAUACUGGAGAACACAACCGAGUGUGGACGAGGCUACUCUCUCCAUGCCUCAUUUGCUGUCCUCAUAUGGGUGAAAAUCAUUUCAUAUUACCUCACUGUCGGUUCUUGAAUGGAGGCCAGUCAUGGAGAACUGUCAUCUGUUUUCCUUUGGCUUUUACAUUUCCCAUUGUGUCCUCCUCUUUUUUGUAGACGUCAACAAAACUCUACCUUCAUCUUUCAAGUCUUUUUUAGACUACCAUGCACCUUGCCAUGUCUCUUCUUCUCCAGUCCAGCAUUGUCCACAUGAUCUUAUCUGAAAGAACUUUUACAGAAAAUGUAUGAGUUGAGGGGGAAAACAUAAAAUGUGCUGCCAUAUGUGUUACUAUACUCUGAACUUUGCUUGCCAAAUUGAAAACGUUUAAGGGAAAAGGGGAUGGUCUGUAAAUUGUCAUUAGCAAGUCUGCCUAUGGUUAUGAAUAAGCAUCAUUAUAAUAAUAAUAUAUUGUGCAUUAUGCAUAUUGUGCAAUCAUUUAAAUUAUUUAUUUUUGGUUGUAGUUCUAGAAUGUGUGGGUUUUUUUUCAGCCAGAAGGUUCGCCAAUGUCUGGCCACAGUAAGGAUUUUUUUUGUUUGUACAUUUUCAGAAGUGGGGGUGAGGGGUGGGGGGUGAGCGUAGUAUUUUAAAAUCUCACCCUUUUUUCUCCAGACAGUCAAUUGCCUAGUGUCUCUAUCCUAUUAUUUUUGGUUUAAAAAAAGAAACAGAUUUGUGAAGAAGCUGAAAAUAUUUUUGUCUCAUAGUUUUUGCAGAAAUGUUUCUAGAAUGUUUCAUAGGGCGUGUACAUAACGUCUGCCUGGUGUGCCACCCAAACGUGCCUUGGUGCACUGCUCUCCCGUUGAAUGGAUGUGAAUAUUGGCUGUGUUAAUUUGGCUUCCGGAAUACUCUGAGGACCUUGUUCACCAUGAAAGCACUUUGUACGACCGCUAGUCACAGCUGUACCUUGUGACAAAAUCAGUCCUAGUCCAUUUGCUAAAAUUACCCAGGACACCGAACACCUGGAUAUGUGUAUUUCCACCCUUCAAGAUAUACAACUGUGUCUACAGGACAUACAGAUGAACAAGAAAACAAGACCUGGUGGACAUUUGGCAAUCGUGCAAAUGUUAUGCCUCAGAAGCCAUGCUGAGGGCAGAGUGUGUUAGAUUGGAGUGAUGACUGGAAAUGUACAGUAGUGGCUGUGUAGCCCUCGCUUGUCCAAGGAAAUGGUGGAUUCAAGGUCUGUGUUUCCCAAUAGAAGCACAGGACCCUUCCUCUGGGACAGCAGAAUGGACCCAAGUCUGAUUUUUGUUUUCAUUUGAAAGUAGUAUUUGUUUGGACUGUGAACAUAUGGAUAUAUUUGCUGCAUGAUAAAUAAGGGAAGAGGUCUGGUAUGUUUAGAUAUUGAGAAGCACGUUUUGAAGUUACACUAUCCACUAUUUCCAGAGAUAAAUCGUGAUAAUUUUUCAGAAAUGUUUUCUUUUAAAGGAGGAUCUUAAUUUAUAUUGCACAGUGUGGGCCACCUUUAUGAUCUGUAGUAAAAAAGUGCUUUGUAAGGACUCAGUUUGUAUCUUGGGGCACUAUGUUUUACCCCGGGUGUCAUGUCUACUGCAUUUUGACUGACUGCAAGUGUGCUACACUGAUCAAGAUGGCUGUAUUGCAUGUUCUGGAUACAGAUACAGUGAAUUGCAAAUAGUAAUGACCAAAUCAGCUUUACUGUUUCUAAGCACAGUGUAGCUUUGUUUAAAUAUUACUGAAAAUGUAUCUAUGUGUUCUGAAUCUAAAAUAUGGAUGGGGAUAGACUGUAUUCCUGUGUAUUUUGAGAAUAUAGUAUAAAAUGUCAACACUAAGCUGAGAUAAUGAUAUCUACAGGUGAGAAGUUUAUAAAGGCUAGUGGUAUAUAGUGGUACAAUUUUAAGGGACAAUUUAUUUUAAAUUAUUCUUUGCUCUUUAACCUUGGCUGAGCGUUUGUGUGUGAUAUGUGAAUAUUCAAACUGUGACCGUGCGUUUGCGCUUGUUCUCUUUCGCUGAUCCCUAAUAUCUCAUUCAUACGGAAGAUACAUUUUUCUAUAAAGGUUUUCAUUAGUGUUGUAUGCAAUUGAAGAUUUGCGGGGCUCUUUGUCCCUUUUUGUUUAUUGUCCUGUUUUUAAUGAUGUUGUUGUUUGUAAAGGGACACAGCUCCUCUUUUCAGUCUUCCGUCUCACUUCGAUUUUUUGUACAGAGGCACAAAACAAUGGAGGAAAAAGGCUAAAUUUGUAACAUAACGUGUAGGUCACAACAAUGUUUAUAAGAGAAACUGGUGAUUUAAAGAUGUCAUAUUUUUCACUUCAA